AUGGAUGCCGCCGCCGCCGUCGCCGUCGCCGCCUCGGGCUUGUUUCUCUUCUCAACCCGUGCCAAUAUCUGGGGUAGAGUGAAUCAUACAAAUAUCUUGGCUAAGAAGGGAUCCUCUAUAGAUUAUCGACUGCAUCGCAUACUGCAUUUCCAACAACAGCGCUCAUUGCAUCGACACUCUGCUCUACAUUCUAUGAGCGUUCGCAUAUCUCGAAACAUCAGUGCCGUCUCAAGAAUCGCCAGGCGAGGCUUCAGUUCACCUCGACCACAAGCCAUCAAGCACGCCAGCUCAUGGUUCAAGUCUAAAAUGGAAGUAAACAGACCACCACCGGGAGACUCAAACUAUGAGUACUUCAAGAGUAUUCCAUGGUGUAAUGAGCACUUGCAGGAUCCCAAGGUCGUCGUGGAGACACCCAUAUGCAGAGUUCGCAAGCCUUCGACAGAAGACGAACUCUUUGCAACAACAUUGAGCACGGAAAGAACCAUCCCCGCGUUCCUGAUGUUCUACGAACGGCCGUCGAAACCGGGAGAGCGUGUUGACGAAGUCAAGGCUUUCCUCCGAUUAGAGGAGGGGAUCAACGGGUUUCCAAACACCUCCCACGGCGGCAUUGUCAUUGCCAUCCUCGACGAGAUCAUGGGCCUUCUUGGCCAGGUCAAUAGAAAGUUGGGCGGUGUCCCAGACAAGGACCAGAUGACGGCCUUUCUCAACACCAAAUUCCUCCAGCCAGUGAUAACUCCGGGUGUCAUCCUAGUCACUGGAAGGUUACAGAAAUUCGAAGGUCGCAAGUUGUUCAUGGAGUCUGCCAUAUGGGACAAGGACUCCAACAAACUAGCGCAAGGCGAGGCAUUGUUCGUCAUUCUCAAGCCCAAGAUAUGA